AUGGACACACAAAGGCUCAAGGAAAGGAAGGUGUGCGUCAAAUACUACCUAGUUUGUGGUAUUGUCUGUUUCUUGGACUCGGCAUGGGGACAGAUCCGCUACUCCAUCCCAGAAGAGCUGGAACACGGCGCCUUCGUGGGAAACAUAGCCGAGGACUUGGGUUUGGAUUUGGAGAAACUCUCUGCGCGAAGAUUCCGCAUUGUUUCCGGCACCAGGAGACAGUAUGUGGAGGUCAAUUUGGAAAAUGGAGUUUUAUUUGUAAACGAAAAGCUAGAUCGCGAAGAACUGUGCGAGCAGAGUUUGGCGUGUUCUUUCCAUUUGCAAGUAGUGAUCGAAAACCCCCUUGAGCUGUACAGAGUCGAAGUGGAAAUUCUGGACGUAAAUGACAACUCUCCCAGCUUCCCCUGGACCGAAUUUAAUUUGGACAUUUCGGAAUCCGCAGCGCCGGGGUCCCGCUUCCCACUUGAGAGCGCACAAGAUUUGGACGUGGCUUCCAAUUCGUUGCGCACUUAUUUGCUGAGCGUCAACGAGCAUUUCACUUUGGACAUCCAGACGAGAAGUGACGGCAGUAAAUUCGCCGAACUCGUCCUUCAGAAGCCUUUGGAUCGGGAACAGCAAAGCGCGCACCAGAUGGUGCUGACGGCGGUGGACGGGGGUUCUCCGGAGAGGUCCGGAACGGCGCAAAUCGACAUCACUGUGUUGGACGCCAACGACAACGCGCCGGUGUUCGACCAGUCUUUCUAUCGAGUACGACUGGCGGAAAACGCACCCAAAGGUUCCGUUGUCAUCAAACUAAACGCCUCCGAUUUAGACGAGGGCACCAACGCUGACAUCAUCUAUUCUUUCAGCGGACACGCGCCCAUCAAAGUGCGCCAGCUUUUCCUCGUGGACGCGCGCACGGGGGAAAUCAAAGUGAAGGGGCUGAUCGAUUAUGAAAAAGCAAGGAUGCAUGAAAUUUACAUCCAGGCGAAGGACAAAGGUCCUUCCGCUGUCGCGGUCCACUGCAAGGUGCUGGUAAACGUCUUGGAUCAGAAUGACAACCUCCCAGAGGUCAUUCUAACGUCCGUGUCCACACCUGUGCACGAGGACGCGCCCCCGGGCACUGUCAUAGCUGUCAUCAGCGUCACGGACAAGGACUCGGGGGAAAACGGCAAGGUAGACUGUGAGAUCCCAAAUCUCAUCCCCUUCCAGCUCCACUCUUCUUUUCAAAACUACUACACUUUAGUGACAAGUGAUUUUUUGGACAGGGAAGCAAUGGCAGAGUACAACAUCACACUCACUGCAAGAGAUAUGGGUUCUCCACCUUUAUUUACAAGGAAAACAAUUGUGGUCCAAGUAUCCGAUGUCAAUGAUAAUGCGCCUCUAUUCAAACAACCUUCUUAUACUGUGUAUUUGACAGAGAAUAAUGCACCAGGGGCCUCCAUCUGCUCCGUGACAGCACAAGACCCAGAUUAUGGCCAAAAUGCGUACCUGUCUUAUUCUAUUAUAGAAGAUGACAUACAGAAGAUGCCAGCCUCUACGUAUGUUUCCAUCAAUUCCGAUAAUGGCAAUAUUUACGCCCUCAGAUCGUUUGACCACGAGCAGUUGAAGAACUUUCAAAUCACAGUGCAAGCUCAAGAUGCCGGCUUCCCGCCAUUGAGUGGCAACGUUACUGUGACCGUAUUUAUUUUGGAUCAAAAUGACAACGCGCCCGUCAUUUUGUCACCUCUUCCUAAAAAUGGGACGCCUCCGAUGGAAGCUGUGCCGAGAUCCGUGGACGCAGGUUACCUGAUCACCAAAAUACGAGCGGCGGAUGCAGACGCUGGCCAGAACUCGCGCCUUUUCUACCAAAUGCUCCAAGCGACUGACCCGAGCUUGUUCAGCGUGGCCUUAUACACGGGGGAAAUUAGGACAAUACGACAGUUAGUGGAGAAAGACCCCACGAGGCACAGAUUGGUCAUUCUGGUGAAGGACAAUGGCCAACUCCCCCUCUCGGCCACAGUUUCCAUCAUUCUGUCAGUGGUUGACAGCCUGCCAGAAUCUCAGCCCGAUUGGGGCGACCUGUCACUGAGCCCCCGUCACAGCUCCAACUUUAGCCUCUACUUAAUCGUGUCUCUAGGCGCUGUAUCCUUAACGUUUCUAGUGGCUAUCAUUGUCAUUGUUAGUGUGAGGAAGCUGAAGGACAGAGUGUCCAACAGAGAGUCCAACUUCCCCUCCGCAAACAUGUGCUGCUGCUGCUGUCGUUCGGUUUCGAGCGACUCUGACCUCUUCAAAAAGACCAAUUUGAAUAUCAGAAUGUCAGCAGACGCAGUCGGAUGCACAGAGGUGAGCAGUAAUAGCGCACUCCCGCAAGCUUACUGCUACAAGAUGUGUCUGACGCAAGAAUCCUCCAAAAGUGACUUUAUGUUCUUAAAGCCCUGCAGUCCAGUAUUAUCUGUUCGGCAAAAUAAUACCAAAAGCUCAGACUACAUGACAUCUGGUUGGAGCGCACUGGAGCGUAACCAUCUUGCCAACAAUAGAACCUCAACUCCAAAAGAGCUUAAGAAUUCCAGCAAGGAUUGGACCUGGACCAAGAAUCAACGGAAUUCAGCAUACAAAAGAUACAGUUCUGGAAAUAUGGAAAGCACGUUAUCACGUCCACAGCAGUUUGACGCUGAUGAGUAUUUCUGCUCUGUGGCGCCACAGUAUUGGACUUGGGGAACCCAUAUGAGCGACUGCAAGACGUCUCUUCAGGACGAAAACAAUCAAAACUUCCCCUGGACUCCGAAGCGCAAUCAGCCUCAGACUGAUGUAGUCGACGAUCAACACCGUGUGUAUAUUCCCUCUGAAGCACCUGACUACCAGCACAAUGUGUAUAUUCCUGGCACCACAUCAGGCUACAGCACACUCAAACUUGCGCCCCGGGGUGACCUAGAUGUAUACAAUACCUUUUCUACUUUUGGGAAGAAAAAGAAAUUAAUCUCUAAAUAUGAACAGCCUUAUGAGAAAGACGAUGGGUUCAUAAGCAGUGGUAUCUUUAAAUAA